AUGGAUUAUGAGUAUGAUGUUGUGAUUAUUGGUGGUGGAGUGGUAGGAUGUGCUACACUCUUUAUUCUUUCACAAGACGGAUAUAAAUGUCUACUUGUAGAGAAAAAUCCUGAGAUAUUGAGUGAAGCAAGCUCUGGAAACAGUGGCAUGCUCCAUACUGGUUUUGACGCCCCUAUCAAUAGCAAAGAGCUUCACUGCAUUAAGCUAUGCCAAGAUGAAAUCUUUCCUCUAUUGGAUAAAUGGAAAGUUCCUGAUAAAAGAACUGGUGCUAUUAUGGUAGCCUGGAACGAACAGCAGAUACGAUCACGAACAUAUUUUUAUAUGCGAUUUUUCUCUCAGAGAAGAAAGCUAGCAGAUAUCCAGAAAAGUUCUGAAGACAAGGGUGUUGUUGGUGAUAUGUAUCAACUAUCAGCUAGUCAAGUUUAUGAAAGAGAACCAAAUCUAAACCAAGGAGUACAGGGUGGUAUAUGGAUACCAAAUGAAACUGUUUUAGAUCCUUGGUUGUUUCCUGUAUGCAUGGUUCAACAUUCUUUACACAGGAACAGCAAGGUUAAAACUGACUGUAAAGUAACAGGAAUUACGCCAGAAUAUAACAGAACCACCGUUCAUACUCAACAUGGUGCUAUAACAUGUCGGGUAGUUGUAAACUGCGCCGGUCUUUAUGGUGACCAGAUAGAUAAUCUAGUCAACUGUCAAACAUUCAGUAUUAAACCAAGAAAGGGCCAGUAUUUAGUGUAUGGUCAGAACACCAGUGGUCUAAUAAACUCCAGUAUUCUACCCGUACCAACUGAUAAAACCAAAGGGAUUAUAGUCUUUAAAUCAGUUUAUAACAAUGUAAUAGUUGGACCUACAGCAGAAGAUAUUCCGAGUAGACAAGUACCACCUGAAGCGGAUGGUAUUAUAAGAUCGAAGUUAUAUUCAGCGACUGGUUCCACCGUACCAUGUCUAAGUUCUUACUCGAAUAUCGGUGAAUAUACCGGUCUCAGACCAGCUACUCAGUACAAGGAUUAUCAGAUCACUACCUUCCCAGAACGAAAUUGGAUAUCUGUUGGUGGAAUCAGAUCUACUGGUUUAUCGGGAUGUUUAGGAAUAGGGAAAUACGUCCGGGAUGAAAUUCGGGAGAAACUCUCACUGGAACCAACCUUUGGUCCUUCUUCCACCAUCGAAACAUUAGACUGGAGUUUUAGUCAGAAUCAUACUGUAAAAUUUGCUGACUCGACCGAGUACAAGUUUGUCCAUCCAAUUACCACAUUUGGACAUCAAACGCACUCUAGCAGAUUGUAA